AUGCCACACACUGAUCCACUAGACUGACGUGUCUCCGGUCGUGCAGACGAAGACCGCAGCAGCCCCGACUCCACUCCACAGACCUCAGCGCGCAGCCGAGCAGUCGACACUCUCUCCUGCGGAGACGGAGACGGAAAGGGAGGGCUGGAUGAAAUCAAAUACGAAAAAGAAACUUGAGCGACGAUAAGUUGUGGGGGGUUUUUUUGCAGCAUGUUCCACCCUCGGCAAUCUCCGUUCAAACACGCUCGUUCGGCAACUGUCUGACUUUGCUGCUUGUGUUGGCUAUUGUUACUAUUUUUUUGAUUCUUUUUUUUUCCCUGGAGGGGGGAAAGACUCGUCUUUUUUUCUUCCUGCGGCUGAUGUGAAAAGGAGGGGGGGGCAAAAAAGAAAAAAAACCCAGCCCUCUAUAACAGGAACGAUGUGGACCUCUCACGAUACUGUUGGAUUUGUUUUCUUCGCCGGAUUUUGUGUGCAAUUGGGAUUCUCCUUUGAAGGUCGCUUCACGGAUAUGCCCUCCAACAUGACGGUAAAGGAGGGACAGAACAUAGAAAUGGCGUGCGCGUUCCAGAGCGGAACCGCGUCCGUGUAUUUGGAGAUCCAGUGGUGGUUCGUGAAAACGCCGGAACCCACCGACAGCGAGGAGGAGGUCGACGCUGAGGAGAUGGAGAUGAUACCAGAGCCUGAUCCUGAUGAUGAGGGAACAAAAAUAAGUACAGUGAAGGUCCAGGGCAACGACAUCUCACACAAGCUGCAGAUGUCCAGAGUAAGCAAGAGUGACGAAGGGCUGUACGAGUGCCGGGUGACGCGAGCGAACUACGGGGAGAUUGUGGAGUACAAAGCCCAGGCCUGGCUGAAGGUCAACAUCACGGCCAGGCCCCGGCGACCACUGCCGCCUCCCAAGAAGAGCUCCCCGCUGCACCUGACGGACAAGAAGCCGAGAAAGUCCAGCUCCCCUCUGGGGCAGGACAGCAUGAGUACGGACCAGAGGGUGGCCUCCACCUCCACCUCUCACACGUCCUCCAAUACAGCUAAACACAACCCCGGCUCAGGUGCAAGAAUAUCCUCCAGCUGUGGACUGACUGUCCUCCUCGUGUGUGGUUUGGUGAGGGAUGCCUUGUUAUAAUUCGAGGAACUGACACGAUUUGCUCCCAGAUCUCUCUCUCUCUCUCUCUCUCUCUCUCCCCCUCCCUCUCUCUCUCUCUCUCUCUCUGUGUUUACUCCCAAAGUGAACAUGAAAAUUGUCUGUUUUACUCUCCCUCCCCCCCCGCCCCCCCCGCGGACAGCACAGUUGGCCCUCAUUUCCCAGCCACUACUGCUCUUGCGCCCAGCACAUUGUUAUUAGCCAGUGUAAACACCAGUCACCUUUAAACCGGUUGGAUUACCUUUUGUACAGACGUCGACCCGAACACCAUCUGAGGUGCAACGCUCUGGUGUGAAGAAGAACAAAAAACGGACUCUGUAUCUCACUGGACGAAUCUCAGUGGAAGAAACGGACUCCCUCGCGGUCCUUCGAUGCUCCAGUUCAUGUGUUCAUUGCUCAAAAGUGAAACAAGAAAAAAGGAGAAUCUAUAUUUGUGUAAUAUACAUGACUCCAGAUAUAUAUCUGUUUUAUUUGAAACACCUAGAAUUGCUGUACGUGCUGUACACAUAGCUGACACGCGCCCAUAAUAGGCCAUGGAACGUCAUCGUGCACAGGCCCUCUCAAAGAAACAAAAAGAAAUUCAAGUACGUGUUAAUUCAGACUGUUAACAUUAACCAUCAGGUUAAAAAAGGUUAGAUUCCUGUUUUGUUUUUCUCUCUCUUUUUUCAGUCAGCUGUAUUGGCAAUCCAGGUGACGGCACUGAUGUGCUCACUUUGACGUCUCCUUAGCGACAGAUGUGCAUGCUUUUUGGUCUGAAGGCUUAAAAAAGAGAAGAGCAUAUGUCAUUUUUGAGCUACAUUGGAGGUCGGUGUUACAGAAAUGUUCCAUUUAGUUUGAUUGUAAUGUGCUACCUUUGGUGUGAAAAAGACCAGAAAGAAAAUAAAUUGUCCCUUGUACCUUUUAAUUUGUAUUGCAUCCUUGGUAGGAAUAAAAAAAGAAUGUCCCAAUUCAUGCGACAUCUAAAAUCCUGAAAUGUGACCAUUGGAUGAUUAAUUUGAAUUGACCCGUGUCAUUAUGACAGUGAAUGGAUACAUUUGUAGCCUCUUUGGAUCAUGAGUAGCGAUCAUUUCUGUUAACGUUUAUUGGCGAGCACACAGACACACAUAUUUGCACCCUUUCAGACGGAUGCGGCGCGCGACGGGGAACAAUGUAUUUGGAGGAAUCAGUUUGUUUUGCUGAAAAAUCGCUUGAAUUUUAUUUUCGCACCUAGAUGUCACAGUGAUAUAUUUUUUGAAGCUUUAUUUUCCCGAUGAUAUAUGAUUGAGAUUUUUAGCCACUCGGAGCAUUUAUAAGCGAAACGCUUUGACAAUCUGACACAAAGACAGGUUCGGUUUUUCCUCGCAGCGCGACAACUCCUCUCUCCAUUCAGACCAUCGCCGCGGUGCAAGCAUGACCGCCAGAAUAUGACCUCUUUUGUUGUUGUUAACUUUUGAGCUGAAAGGGAUCAUGGUACCCCAUCCAUUGCCAAUGCAGAUGUUCCAAUUCAAGCUGAAGUAUUUAUAAAUAAUAGAAUAGUGGAUUUAUGUCUCAAGAAAUCAUGCUGUAAGUGAAUGUUAUCCACCAUGAGUGUACGCUGCCCGAGCGCAGCCGUUGCCCUGCAAUGAGAUCAAUACUUUACUUUGGUCGAUGUUGUCCCCUAAGCACACACACUAUUUUAAUUCUUCUUUUUUUUUUUUUGCUCAGUCGACGCCCGAGACUUUCACCUAACUUUAAGGUGUCCAAGCAUGGUUAUCUAGUUCCUCACGUGUCGUAUGGUAUAAUCUAACAUUCAUACACGACAUGCAGAUGUCAUUUGCCAAUAAUUACUGUGCUGUGUGUGCUUUUCCCGAGGCAAAACUGCUCACCCCACUUUGUGCUUUCAUUUCCGCUUUGCAGACAAAGCAAAAAUGUAUAGUUCUACUGUGUUCCCAAAGAGCUGCGGUGGGACGACUUGUUGAUUCAGCGUCGGGGGGUUUCGGGGGGCUGACGGAGCACGUGGUGCUCUGGGAUCAGACCAGGGACGUCUCCCGAUCGUCUCCAGCCUCGGUGCAAGACGUGCGAGCAAUAGCGGGCAAACCCUGUCUAAUCCCUCAAGCUCCAAAUAGCUUCGGGGUGUAGUUGGACAGUUAAUCUAGCAACACUUUCAUAUAUAUAAAUAUAUAUAUGCCACUCUGCUGUGACUGGAAAUAGAUUUGCUGCGUUUUGAAAUGAGACGUGUUGUGUAAUAUGAUUCAGAAUGUUAAGUUUGCGGGGGGGGGGGGGGGGGGUAAUGAGAAGAUUAUUUUAAGGCGUUGGGACGGGACUCUGUUGGAAAUGUGCCUGAGCACUUUGGGGGAGAAUGUGCACAGUUUGAGUGGACAUGUUGACUUUGUCCAAUCCUCAUGUAAAAAGUUUCAGAUCUGUACAACUUGUAAAUGAAUUAAUCAGCAUGUUAAGAAUUUUUUCUUUUUUUUUUUUGAAAGUCGAUUUAAAAAGGCAGAGGCCAGUGAUGUUCUGUACUUGUAACAAUGGUGUCAUGUACUCAUAUUGAAGUGUUAACAAGUCCAAAGUGGGUCUUCAUCUCUUCAAAAUGAACUUUGGUAAAAAUGUAUUUGACAACAAAAAAAAGAAAAGAUAUCUAUAUAUAUUAGAGACAUCUCCUUUAUAUAGCUUCCAUCCUAAUCUAGGGGACUUCUUCACCGUGGGUCUCUGCAGCAUAUUGAAAACAAAGAAUGAAAGAUUGGAGAAAUUGAUUGAUUUGAUAUUGUGAUCAGAGAGGAGCCAAAAUGACGUUUGUUAAAGAAAUAAAAUAAUUUGAAGUUUGGGUGUUGAUGGAGGGGCAGUGGUGCUUACGGGCAACAAUGUCUCUGUUACCAAAGAGGAGAACAGUUCACGACGAUGGCAAGAAGCAGCCGCUCCUUCAUCCAGGGAUGUUAUUUCAGAAACAUCACACAACCAUUUUUUUUCUGUUCCGUUUUAUAUGCCGCGCUCCUCAUCCACUCUAGAUGUAUUUGUUUCUUCUGAUGUAUUGCAUUCCAACGCGGUCCUGUCUGUUUGUUGAGCUGUCAAAAAUCCUGAUGACUUCUGAUUCUUUUUCUUCUUUGGUAUUGUGUGAGGCUUCUGUACUGGAACAUUGCAACAGUUUGUAUUAUAAUGACAAUAUCAGAAUAAUAUUUAAAUAAAUCAUUUUCACAGAUGAAAUUCAAA